AAUGGCAGCCAAAGCUGGGUACCAAAGAUGGACUGGGAUGUACAGAAAGCUCUAUUGCCUAUAGUAGACACGGUCAUCAUCAUUAUUGGACUGCUGGGCCACUCGUUGGUGAUCUUCAUCUUGGUAAGGAGGAGGCGGAAGGCAUCGUCUCGGGCUUUUCAUGGGACUGAUACGCUACUAAUGGCCUUGAGCACCUCGGACAUGCUGUUGCUACUUUCUUUGCCUUUCCAAACAACUGCAAUUGCUCUGGGCAGUUGGCCGUUCGGAAGCAUGCUCUGCAAAGCUGUCAGCUUCCUGGGAGUGGCCUGUAACACUGUUAGUGCAUUCACUCUAGCUGCACUAGCAGUAACGCGCUAUCUGACAGUCGUACACCCAACCUGGGCAUACCGCUCCAGGAUGAAGCGCUGGCUUCAGGUCUCAGCAGCUCUUCUUUGGGCGCCGGCGAUGGCGUUGGCCGCUCCACAAUUCGCCUUCCGCAACGUGGGUACGUACACUGUAACACAUUGCUUCGCCUUCCUCAAUGACAUCAGUCAGGUGGUAUACAGCAGUGCCCUCUUCUUGUUCAGCUUUGUCCUGCCUCUACUCGUCAUCAUCCUCAUGUAUGCCAAACUCUACAGUUUCUUGCACAGGACUAGCACGCAGGGCCAGGUUCUGCAGAUGCAGCGCUACCAGAAGCAAGUGACCCAAACCACAUCCUUACUCGUUGUCGUGUUCACAGUCUGCUGGCUACCUUCUUAUAUAGUUAUGUUCAGUCGAAUCGGUCAGAGUCUGGAUAGCACAAACAGGACUCGUUCUCUAGCAAUGAUGGCACGGUUAAUGGCCACAUCAUCCGCUAUGUUCAACCCACUGCUAUAUGCUUUCGUGUCACGGAAGUUCCGUCAGGAGCUGUUGGGCAAGAUGCGGUGUCGGGACUGUAUGCUGGUGCGCUGGCGUGUGUGUUGGCCAGACAGAAGAAGAGACAUUGUACAACCAUUUAACCCUGCAGACCUGGAAACCCCAACUCCAUAA